GCAAACCAAUGAAAAGAGGUGAAAAUGCCCAAGAAAACUGAGUCAACUGACUAGUUAGCUGCAGAUUUUUACAACGAAAAGUCGGUCGCUGUCUAAAAAUAUUAGACUAUUCGGUUAGUAUUAUUGAAAAAACUCUUGAAAGGAUGAGAAACUAACAUCGAGGACGUAACAAACGAACUUAAAUCCUAGGAUUACACCUGCAGCAAUAAUAAUUGUUAGUCAUUGCUGAAAUUAAAUUAAACUUUAGUAACUCACCUAAGUUCUCUACUGACCAUGAAAAGUUGGCCAUGAAACUUCUCUUUCGCUGAGCCCUUGAUAAGUGAAAGCCUGCCCAUAAGGAAAGAACGGAUUGACCUUUCGUGUGGAAGUGGACAAACAAAUAGAACAUGGAACAAGGAACGACUCCAGCACCUGAUCCUGUCCCUCCAGCACCACCUGCAGCUGCAACACCGGUUGUUACUCCCGCCCAACUAGCAACGCCCGCACCAGUAGCUUCUGCACCAGUGGCAACACCUAUUUCUGCUGCGCUUCCUACUGCAACUGCCCCACCAGCAGCAGUUCCAUCGCCCGUCGCCCCUGUGGCUACUACAACAGUCCCGACUCCUGUUGUUGCUGCCCCCGUCGCAUCUGUGGCUCCUCCUAUUGUCGCAACACCAGCGGCUGUAGCAGUUGCUCCUAUAAUCGCGACUCCACCUGCUACUGCUAUUGAAACUCCGGUUGCAGUUCAAUCAGCAGUGGCAAGUCCUGUAGUUGCAGCACCCACACCUGUGGCAGUAGCACCAGUAGUGCCCACUGCGAUCGCAACACCAGCCGUUGCUGCUUCCGAAACUUCGGUUUCUGUUCAACUACCGGUGGUGCCUCCAGUUGUCGCAACACCAACGCCUGCUACAGCAGCUCCAGUGAUCGCAUCGCCACCAGCUUCUGUUGUAGAGACUCCAGUUUCUGUUCCAGCCCCAGUAGCCCCUGCAGUGGCCGCAACAUCAACGCCUGCAGCAGCUCCAGUAGUCGCUCCUGUGAUCGCAGCUCCCGCUGCUGCUACUGAAGCUGUUGCGGCUCCAAUUCCAUCAACACCAACGCCUACUGCAGCGGCUCCAACGUCACCUGCUGAUGCCAUUGAAUCUCCGGUUGCAGUUGCACCACCUGUGGCAGCAGCUCCGGUAGUCGCUCCUGUGAUCGCAACUCUUCCCGCUCCUGCUGCUGUGGCGUCUCCAGUAGCACCGGCACCAACGCCUCCUGUAGCGGCUCCUGCAGUUGUUCCUGUAAGUGCAACGCCACCCGCUGCUGCCAUUGAAUCUCCGAUUGCCAUUGCUCCACAUGUGAUCGCAACUCCCGCUGCUGCUACUGAAACUGUGGCAGCUCCAGUUGCAUCGACACCAACGCCUGCUGCAGCCGCUGUUGUAGUUGCUCCUGUAAUUGAAACGCCCCCGCAGAAAUUCCAAUUGCAGGCUCCUGUGAUCGCAACUUCACCCGCUCCUGCUGCUGUGGCGGCUCCAGUUGCACCGACACCAACGCCUCCUGUAGCGGCUCCUGAAGUUGUUCCUGUUCCCGCUGCUGCCAUUGAAACUCUGGUUGCAGUUGCACCACCUGUGGCAGCAGCUCCAGUAGUUGCUGCUGUGAUUACAACACCACCAGCUGCUGUUUCCGAAACCACUGUCUCUGUGCCACCACCAGUGGUGUCGCCAGUUGCCGCAGCACCGACUCCUGAUGCAACGGCUGCAGUAGUCACUCCUGUGACCGAAACACCACCAGCUGCUGUUGCUGAAGCCCCCGCUCCUGUUCCAACACCUGUGGCACCUAGCGUUGUUGCAGUAUCAACACCUGUACCAGAAACACCAGUCGUUGUUCCUGUCGCUGCUCCUGUUGUUGCUCCAGCCGUUGUUCCUCCACCUGUGAUUGCUGCCCCUCCCGUUGCUACAGAGCCAGUGGCGGUUGCACCACCCAUUGUUGCCACACCUAUUGCGGAGACGCCGGUAGUUAAGGAGGUUCCAGUGGCUGUGGAAGCUCCACCACCUGUGGAGCCUUGUGUCGCUACUCCGCCACCUGUUGUUGAGACACCAAUAGUUGUUGCCCCCGUGAUAGCUGCGGAUGUUGCAGCCUCAGCACCGAUUCCAGAGACCCCUGCCGUUGACGCUGCACCACCUGUUGCCGAGACUCCGGUAGCUGUAUCACCACCAGUGGGCGUUGCUCCUGUCGUCGCCAACAUACCAGUAAUUGCUGCAACAGAGCCGGAUGCCAUUUCGGAGCCAGUAGUUGCUCAACCAAUUGAACCUCCCACAGAAGCGGCUAUUGCAGAAUCUACACCGCAGGUUGCAUUGUCGGAAACUUCAGCUCCGACAGAGUCUAUUCCUGCUCCAGAAGUUGUAACCGUGGAGUCGACCGUCGUUUCAGAAGCAAUUCCAGCUCCAAUACCAGAACCGGAAACAAUCGCAGCCAGUCCAGUGGAGCCUUUGCCUGUGGAGACUCCAGUUGCAAUCCAAGAACCAGUGGUUGUUGCAGCCGAAACUCAAGAAGCUCCAGCACCGAUUCAAGAACCUGUUGCAGAGAUUUCCGUUCCGGCCCCAGAGGUAAUUCCGGAGCCUGUACCAAUCGAGGCUCCUGUGACGACUCCGGAACCACAUACAGGCACUCCAAACGAAGCCUCUCCCAUUGCCGAAACCGCCACUCCUGAUCCUGUUAGUGUUGCAGCAGUUGAACCUGUUCCGGAAUCAACCGAAGUUCCGAUACCUGAUCCUGUUGAAGCAGCAGCUCCAAGCCCUGAACCGGAUGCAACCAUUCCUGUCGCUCAAGAAAUUUCCGGUUCAGAGAUUCCAGAGACGGCGGUCAAGACAGCGGAGGAUAUUGUUGAGCAGACUCCUGAACCAAUCAAAGCUUCUACAGCGACUUCGGUACCAGCUGUCGAAGCGUCUCCCGUUUCCGAAAUCCCCACACCAGAAACCGCUGCUGUUGCAGCAGUUGAGCCAGUUGAUCCUGAGCCUAGUUUGGAAUCAACCGAAGUGCCGAUCACUACAGCCGUUGAACCUGUAGUGCCGAUCUCUGAACCAGAAGCACCCAUUCCUGUUGCCCAAGAGAUCCCAGUGGCUGAGACUCUAGAGACAACGAUAAAACCAGCCGAGGAUGUUUUGAGCAGAGUCCCUCGGCUAUUGAGGAUCCAACGUGCAACUGCCCAGGAACAAUCUCCAGAAGUUGAAAUAGUUGCUGUGGAGCCGACUUCUGAGAUAGUUGUCCCAGUUGAGGAGCCCGUUGAAACAUCAGUUGCAGUCGAAGAGGUCCAAUCUUCUCCAGAACCAGUCGUUUCAGAAACGCCAGCAGCCGAAGAACCAGCUGCAGUUGAGGAAGUAGUAGAAACAGCUGCCAUCACUGGAGAAGAAGUCCCUGUUAAUGCAGAAAAACCAGUAGAAGAGGUCGUGGCAGCUGAAAUCCCUGAUCAAUCAUCUCCACCAACAGACUCCGUUCCCGUGGCAAAGAUAACUCCUUUGCUUAGAGAUCUUCAGACCACCGAUGUUUCCCUGUUGGCCAUUGCAGCCACACUGGAUGCCAUAGGGGAGAAGCUAAAGGAUCAGAAGGCCAGAAAUCAGCAGGUGAUGGACAGACUCUGUGAAAUCGAGAAAAUUCUUGGACCACCUAAAUGAAAUCAACUUAAUAUAGAUCAUUUUAAAAUAUAAAAGUUAUAAAAUGGAUAAUAAAAAGGUCACAGACCUAAUAAUAAAUUGCAGAUAAUU